CUCCAGCUGGGACCUUGCCAGCAGGGAGCCGGUGGAGACGGGCAGCGGAGGGGGCCUGAGAGCAGCCCCCAUGGGCACAGAGGGCUGGUGGCUGCUGCUCUGCUUGGCUCUGUCCGGAGCUGCCGUGGACAUGGCAGAAAGGCAGUGGCGGGCCGUGGACGUGGUCUUGGACUGCUUCUUGGUGGAGGAAGGCAAGCACCAUGGAGGCUUUGCCAGCGAUAAGAACAUGGUGAAGGCCCUGCUGGUGCUGAAGCAGGUGCCAGUGCUGGAUGAUGGCUCCCUGGAAGGCUUCACCGACUUCCAAGUGAGCACACUGUCCAAAGACAACCCACCUGUUACCUUUGAGGCCUCAGUGAGUCUGGUGCAGAUUCCCCACGCAGAGGCCUUGCUCCAUGCUGACUGCAGCGAGAAGGAGGUGACCUGCGAGAUCUCCCGCUAUUUUCUCCAGGCCAGACAAGAGGCGGCUGUUGAGACAGCAGCUUGGUUCAUCACCAACUUGCAGGUCUCUGGAGGGGGACCCAGGGUCUCCAUCCUGAUGAAGGCUCUCAGGGAUGCCGAGAACAGGGCUGUCAUGCCCCCCACACUGAACCUGCCCCUGGGCCCCCAGGGGACUGUGCUGACUACAGUGGAGUUCCAGGUGACAACACAUACCCCAUCCCUGAUUUUCCAGCGGGGAUCCUCAGCCUCCCUGCACUGCGGCUUCUCCAUGACGCCAGGCUUGGACCUCACCAGAGUGGAGUGGCGGCUGCAGCAUAAAGGCAGCGGCCAGCUGGUGUACAGCUGGACCACAGGGCAGGGGCAGGCCAAGCGAGAGGGCGCUACCCUGGGGCCUGAGCAGCUCCUCCUGGCCGGGGACGCCUCCCUCACGCUACCCAGCCUCACUCUGAAGGACGAGGGAACCUACAUUUGCCAGAUCACCACCUCUCUGUACCAAGCUCAACAAAUCAUCCAGCUCCAUGUCCAAGCUUCUCCCAAAGUACGACUGGGCUUGGCAAAUGAAGCUCUGCCACCCACUCUCAUCUGCAACAUCGUUGGCUAUUAUCCUCUGGACGUGACUGUGACGUGGACCCGAGAAGAACUGGGUGGAGCCCCAGUCCCAGUCUCUGAUGCCUCCUUCUCCAGCCUCCGGCAAAGCGCAGAGGGCACCUACAGCAUCUCCUCCUCCCUGACAGCGGAACCUGGCUCUGCUGGUGCCACUUACACCUGUCGGGUCACCCACAUCUCCCUGGAUGAGCCCAUUGUGACCAGCACCUGGGCUGCCCCACCAGAGCAGAGAACUGUGGCCUUUGGAGUCCUUUUUGCCAGCACCCUCUUCCUCCUUGCACUACUGUACCUGGGACUACAGAGAUGGAAAGCUACCUCAUCCAAGGUCUGCCAAGACUCCGAGGCCCUCUGGGAAACCACUCUCCUGCCUCCGAGUAAAAAGAAAGAGUAGUCACGUUCUCCCAGAAGGACUCUAAGCCAAGCCUCAAAGCUCAAAAAUACCCCAAGAAAAGCAUGAAGAAAGCACAGAUCACUGGGGCACUGGCUCUGAACAUGUGCAGGACUCUGCCUUCCUCCUGCGUCAGGGAGGAGAUGCUGUAGGUGCCGUCUGGGCUUUGCCUGGGGUAAACAGGACAGAGGACAUCAGGAAGGUCUGGGUAGAAGUUAAAACAAGAACCAGAUUUGAGGUACAGUGGUAGGAACAGAAAAUGGGAAGAAAUUAAGAAAGGAGCAAGUGAGGGGCAGUGGGACAAAGGGAUAGAGGUUGGGCCACCACACACAAAUAUUGAACUCUAUCCAAAUAAAAGCCUCUUGGGCCCUUGGCGGCAAA